UUGAGCUUCCCUAUCUGCAAAAGCCUAAAUUUCUCUUAACUCACCUUGUGCUUCCGCCGCGCCGCCUCUUCCUUCAUCGCCUCUUCGUCACUGUCUUCGUCACCGACGAAGCUUACUCCCUCUCACUCUCUUUCACCGACUCAGUUUACUCUCUCACCGACACCCCUACUCACCGCUUCCAUCGCCUCUUUCACCUCAGAGAUUUCACUCGUGAUUUGCAUCACACCUGAAAUUGAACACCAGUUCUUCAAGUCCGACAGAGACAGACACCAUCAGCCUUCAUAUUCAAGACUGUCGGACAAUUUGAGCCAGUAAUCACAUUCCGGGCAUGUACGGCGUCGCAUUGAAGCCUCAGCUACUGCGGUCACUUCUUAGGGAAUACAUCCCAGACGAAAAACACUCCUUCAGAAACUCUUUGGACGUCUCUCACGCCGUAUCUGCCGUUAAAACUCAUCAUCUCCUCUGGGAAUGGGCCCCAUCUUCCACCGACCAAAAGCUCAGUGACGGCUGGAAGUCGGCCGUCGAUGCCUGGGUCAAUCGGGUCUCCGCCCUUGCUUCCAGCAGCAUGCCAGAUAAAUCCUGGGCUGGAAUAUGCUUGCUAGGAUUGACAAGUCAGGAAUGCAGUUCAGAGCGUUUUUUGGCUUCCUACUCAGAAUGGUUCAACAAGAUCUUGUCUCAUAUGCAGCCUCCUUCAGAUUCCCAUUUCGUGAGGGUCGCUUCUUGUGCCUCAAUGUCUGAUCUGUUCACAAGGUUGGGUGGAUUUCCUAAUGCGAAGAAAGAUGGGAAUUCGCAAGCCUCUAAGCUUAUUCAACCAGUACUGAAGCUAUUAAAUGAGGAUAGCUCUGAUGCCUUCUGGGAAGAAGCUAUCUCCUUAUUGUGCACACUUACAAAUGUUUUUCCUGCUUCUGUCAGCCGACACUACGAUGGUGUUGAAUCCUCUAUAUUUUCAAAAUUUAUGUCAGAGAAUUGUCCUGUCAGUAUAUUCAAGAAACUUGCUCAUGGCUUGGCCUUACUUCCAAAAUCCCGAGGAGAUGAGGAUAGCUGGUCACUGAUGAUGCAGAAGGUCUUGAUAUUCAUAAAUAAUCAACUAAAUGUUAUGUUCCAAGGUCUAGAAGAAGAGGCCAGAAGUAGUGAGGUAGUGAGGUUGUUACUUCCUCCAGGGAAGGACCCCCCACCUCCCUUAGGAGGGCUAACGGCAUCAGCAAAAAACUCAGAUCAGGCAAUGAAGAGGCCUGAACAAGUAUUAGUUUCAAGAGUCUCUACCCUGAUGACCUGCUGUUGCACAAUGCUUACUGAUGCUUAUCCCGUUCAGGUUUCUGUGCCUGUUCGUUCACUGGUAGCUCUUGUUAAGAGAGUGCUGAUGGUCGAUGGCUCAUUCUCACAAUCCUCCCCUUUUAUGACUGCCAUGAGACAGGACUUGAUUUGUUUAGAACUUCCCGAAUUGCAUAGGUGCAGCCUGGAGCUUCUGAGUUCUAUUGUAAAGGGACUUCGCAG